AGAACAGUUACACUCCUGUGAUCUGCAUCUCUAAGCCUGCACCAGCCAGUUACACUAUAACCAUGGCAUACACCAGCAGCAUUCGCCAAACUUCUUCUUCCUACAGAAGUGGUUUUGGUAGUGGAGCUGGGAGAAUCUCUAUCAAAGCCCCAAGUGUCCACGGUGGGUAUGGGGGCCAGGGUGUCUCAGUGUCAUCUGCCCGCUUUGUCUCCUCUGGAUUUGGUGGUGGUCUAGGUGGUGGUAGUGGUUACAGCAGUAGCUUUGGAUCUGGUGGUGGCUAUGGCGGUGGGUUCAGUGUCAGCAGCUCAGGGGAUACCCUGUUGUCUGGCAAUGAAAAGGAGACCAUGCAGAACCUGAAUGACCGUCUGGCCUCCUACCUGGACAAGGUGCGCUCUCUGGAGACCGCCAAUGCAGACCUAGAGGUGAAGAUCCGGGAGUGGUAUGAAAAGCAAGGACCCAGCCAAAGCCGUGACUACAGUCACUAUUUCAAGAUCAUUGAGGACCUGAGAGACAAGAUCCUUGCUGCUACCAUUGACAACUCAAAGAUUCUCCUGCAGGUGGACAAUGCCAGGCUGGCAGCAGAUGAUUUCAGAACCAAGUUUGAGAAUGAACUUGCCAUUCGCCAGAGUGUGGAGGCUGAUAUCAAUGGACUACGCAGAGUGCUGGAUGAGUUGACCUUGGCCAGAACUGAUCUGGAACACCAGAUUGAGAGCCUGAAGGAAGAACUGGCCUAUCUGAAGAAGAACCAUGAAGAGGAACUAAAUGCACUGCAUGGACAAGUAGGUGGACAAGUGAGUGUAGAAGUGGACUCGGCACCAGGUGUAGAUCUAUCCAAGAUUCUGGCCGAUAUGCGUGAUCAGUAUGAGGUUAUGGCUGAGAAGAACCGCAAGGAUGCUGAAACCUGGUUCUUUACUAAGUCUGAGGAAUUGAACAAGGAAGUUGCUGUACACACACAAGAGAUCCAGACCAGCAAGACUCAAAUCACAGAGCUAAGACGCCAAUUCCAAAACCUUGAGAUAGAACUCCAGUCUCAACUCAAUAUGAAAGCAUCCCUUGAAGGUAGCUUGUCAGAGACAGAAGGACGAUAUGGAGCACAGUUAUCACAAAUUCAGUCAUUAAUCAGCAAUUUGGAGAGACAACUUGGUGACCUCCGGUUAGACAUGGAACGCCAAAACCAUGAGUACAAAAUGCUCAUGGACAUCAAGACACAUCUAGAAAAUGAAAUCGCCACCUAUCGUCAGCUCCUGGAAGGACAUGACACACCGCUCACUGUGGGCACGACCAAAGAUGUCAAAAUUGAGAGGAAGUGAAGUCUUUGGUAGACAUUAGGCAGCUGCAUCGUAAGAAGACCCUCCACUUUUUCUGCACUGAGAAUGGCUUACAUGACGGCUAGGAAGCUUGGAUCUGUUACAGUUUUCUCCAGAGCUACAGAUCAUCAUGGAUGUUUGACACCUGAAAGCAGUGAAUGAGUUGGAUGCUUGCUUUUAUAAUCUGUUUGCAGCAGCUGUUUAAUAAAUUACAACUUUUGGGUCAAGCAUAAAA